AUGACAACUCAAUCGAGUAAUUAUUACGAAAACUUUCAGGACUUUCUCGACGACGUCCAGUACUCCAAACAAGGAGUCAAAAAGUAUGAAUGGAUUUUCGGAGAGGGAUACCUGUCCACUGGUGGACUCGAGACUACCCGAGAGAUUAUGCCACUACUUGAGCUCAAAAAAGGUCAGCGAGUAUUAGAUGUUGGGUGCGGUCUGGGAGGACACGACUUCUUCAUGGCUCAAAACUAUGGGGUUUAUAUCGAUGCCAUCGACUUAUCCAAGAAUAUGAUGUCAGUAGCGCUGCAGCACUUCAGCAAAAAACCAGAAAUCGCUGAUAACAUUAAGUUCCGUAUCUGUGAUGUGACCACAACUCCAUUUCCAGACAAUUAUUACGAUGUCAUCUACAGUAGGGAUGCAUUGCUUCACAUCAAAGAAAAGCCGCAAUUAUUUCAGAAGUUCUUUCGAUGGCUAAAACCCGGAGGAAGAGUAGUCUUCACUGACUAUUGUCGCGGAGAAAUGAAUUCGUUUUCCGAUGAGUUCGAGAAAUAUGUGAAACAAAGAGAUUAUACUUUAUAUAAAGUAUCCGAAUAUCAGACUCUUAUCAAAAACACUGGAUUUGUGGACAUAAAGGCCGAAGACAUUAACGACAAGUUUGUCGAUUCUCUUCAUCGAGAACUCAAGAAACUGUAUUCCGGGAGAAAAGAGUUUAUGGAAGCGUUUAAUCAGGAGGACUAUAAUGAUCUGGAACAGGGAUGGCUCGCUAAAGUCAAACGCGCCAAAGAUGGCUACCAGACAUGGGGUCUCUUCAGAGCCUAUAAACCAAUUCACUGA